AUGUCUCAAGACGUUGCUUCAGAGCGGGUUCAUACCUGCAGCUGUGGAGUCUCGUUCGACCAGGGUCUUGACCCUCCUGAUGACAACGCUACUGAUCAUAUUCUAACGGAUGAAUCCGGGGCAUCUGUCACCGAUAAAAGAUGGUUCGAUAAAUUCUGCACAGAGCUUGGAUAUCGCAACCUGAGUUUCCUGACUGAUCUAUGUGAAAUAGUAAGUCAAACCUCAAAUCACAGUCUGUGUUCUACCCACUUAAUUGAUAGAAAUGUGAGUGUAGUACAGUCUAUAGAAACUGUGUCUAUUCCCCAAAUAGUGAGGUUUAACAAUAAAAAUAAAGGAUCUAGAAAAAAUCUGAUUGUGAUCAAACCAGAAAUUCGCAAAAUUACUGAACAAAAACAAUUUCUAAAGCUAGGGCUACUAAACAUUAGAUCGCUGACACCUAAGGUGGUUAUUAUAAAUGAAAUGAUCACAGAUAAUAGUCUUGAUGUAAUUUGCCUUACUGAAACAUGGCUUAAACCAAAUGAUUAUUUCGGUCUUAAUGAGUCUUGUCCACCUGGCUACUGUUAUAAAAAUAAAUGCCGUCCGGUUGGCCGUGGCGGUGGUGUUGCAACAAUCUAUAGAGAGAUUCUUAAUGUUACCCAGAAAACAAACUACAGGUUUAAUUCAUUUGAAAUUCUCGUGCUAACCGUUACACUCUCAGAUAUAAGUAAAAAGUCGCUACUAUCUCUUGCUUUGGCUACCGUUUAUAGACCUCCAGGGCCUUAUAUUGAUUUCCUAAAAGAGUUUGCAGACUUUCUCUCAGACCUAUUGGUCAACGUUGAUAAAGCGCUGAUUGUUGGAGAUUUUAACAUUCAUGUAGACAAUACAAAUGAUGCGUUAGGGGCUGCGUUUACAGAUUUACUAAACUCGUUUGGGGUCAAACAAAACGUCACUGGACCCACUCACCGUCUUAAUCAUACACUAGAUUUAAUUAUAUCACAUGGAAUCAAUCCUACGGAUAUAGAAAUUCUACCGCAAAGUGAUGAUAUCACUGAUCAUUACCUUGUAACAUGCGUACUGCAUACUGCUGAUAUUUGUCAAAUUGCGCCACGAUAUCGACUAGGUAGAACAAUUCUUCCGACAACUAAAGAUAAAUUCACAAAUAAACUGCCUGAUCUGUCUCAGCUGCUCAUUGUACCCAAACACACAAAUGAUCUCGAGAAAAUUACUAGCAGUAUGUGCACCACUUUCACUAGUACAUUAGAUACUGUUGCACCGAUGAGAUUAAAAAAGGUUAGAGAGAAAAAUACUGUACCAUGGUACAACAGUAUUACUCACGCUAUCAAAAGAGAAACUCGUAAUCUAGAACGCAAAUGGAGACAAACUCGUUUAGAGGUCUUCAGAAUCGCGUGGAAAGACAGCUCGUCCCGUUAUAGAAAGACUCUAAAAGCAGCCAGGGCCGAGCAUCUCCGCAAACUCAUAGAAACCAUCUUCACCAAAGUGUCCGGUCUCGUAUGUCCUGUGUUGUGUUGUAUAAACUCCUGUUCCUGUAUCUUCCAUCGGAUUGCCUAGUAAAGUCUUACAUUUGAAUCUAUCUUCUUCGUCGUGUGCAUUCCUACACGAGCAACACGUUACAAUAACAUGAUGGAUAUCGCAUUUUGCGCAAAAUUAAUAACUGACUUUUCAAUACCGACCAGAUACAAUACUGAUUUUGGCGGAAACUCAAUUUUUUUUUUUAAAUUACGUUUAUCGCGUUUUGGAACCAAACUCUUCAAAUCAAUAGUUAAUAAUAAUAGUUAAUAAUAGUUUAAUUUAUCUAUACAUCGGCUCUGGAGAAAACAAUGAUGUCAUCGUCCAGCUCAGUUCAGUUCGCAUACAAUGGUGUCAAUGCAAGCAGAUCAAAAACAUUGUUGAAUAUCAAGUGUCCCCAACUAAGCAAGCCAAAGGCAACAGCGGCAAGGAACCCAAACUCCAACAGGUGACAAAAUGGAGAGAAAAAAAAAAAAAAUGGGAGAAACCAGGCUCAGUUGGGGGGCCAGUUCUCUUCUGGCCAGCAACGAACAGUGCAUGAUUGUGAUUCAGGCACAGGGCAUAAGUCAGAUUGGGAUCGCAAUAGUUCCACCUAGUUGAAGAUCGGAUUCAUCAAGCCGGUAUUGAAAUGGUUUGUUGGGGAUCUGUGCCACUGGCUGUUGUGUCGAUGAGGCCUUCACAGGGUAUGGUCUAGUUGACACAAUCUCUGCUGACACUUCAGGGAUGCGUUUUGGUUGUGUCUAGGCACAGGUCCUCCAUCUGAUCUGGAUACGGCCCGGAUCCGACUGACUAUGGUAUAUCUCGGGAUAAACAGAGAGACUAAUAUUAGCGUAGAUGCCAUUCUUCUUCUGAUAUAACGAGUACAUUAUGCAGCCUAACAAUACUUUAACAGAUGUGAAAAUAUAAAUUGAUAAUGUGUUAUGUGUAUGCCAGCUUAAAGAGAUGCAUUUUUAGUCUAGAUUUAAACUGACAGAGUGUGUCUGCUUCCCGAACAAUGCUAGGAAG